GCUUUGGUCUUGGUAACCGGAAGGUGAAAAAGGGGAGAGAAAUGGGAAUUCAGAAGUGGGAAAAGAGAGGGAGAUGGAAGAAGAACUCAUCGGCGCGGUGCCGUGCUCUUCCCUCGCCGUUGAUUCCGUACUCCGUGUUGGAACGGCAGGUGCAAUUUGGGGGUCAUGCAUAGGUCCUUAUGAUGCUCGUAAAAGAGGCCUGACUGGCGUAGCUCAGGCUUCCUUUGUGGCAAAGACAAUAGGGAAAUUCGGUUUCCAAUGUGGGCUUGUCGCUGGAGUUUUUACUGCUACUUGUUGUGGAAUUCAAAGAUAUAGGAGGCAGAAUGACUGGGUGAAUCCUCUAAUUGCGGGUGCUGUGGCAGGGGCAGCUGUUGCUGCUGGGACAAGAAGUUGGACACAGGUUGUUGGGAUGGCUGGUCUGGUUUCUGCCUUUAGUGUUGCCGCUGAUUAUUCCAAAACCUUUUGAGUUAUCUGCUAAAAAAUAACAGAGGUGGUCAAGCUAGGUGAUCUUUCCUCUUUGGCCUCUACCAUAUACACCUGGUUACCAUCUACAUCCCACCUGUUUGAUUUUUUUUAGGUAAUUAUUUGUUACUGGAACAUUAUUAUCUGAUUCAUCUGAAAUUGAACUUAGGGGAGUGUUACUUGCUUCCAUUUGAUAAAAGACUCACCUAGCUAAAUUUUCCAACUCGGAUUAGCUUUUCUUUCCUUAUUUAUUUGGAUUAGGGUUGACCCCUACAAUUAGCUAUA